CUGCUAGUUCCCCUCGUCAUUGCUUACACGUGUAGCAGUUCUCCAUCAAACACAACACCGAUCCCAUAGUCUCGGGAAACACGGAACCGUAUCCACGGUAUAGCUGCAUUCAUCCCGGGAGAAGAGGCAGCCUUCUUCAGUAAAUUUUACUCAUCCCAACUAGUGAGUAUAUUCCAAGGGCCAAGGAAGAAAGAAGGAAGGAAGGGGUUGCAUGUGACUUGCAAUGCAUGCUUCCCAUUCCGCAUUCCUUUUUCUUCCUUCCCUUUCCGCUUUGAGACUUACAGCACUAGCUUCAACGUCUUCACUCUUGGUCCGGUGUUUGCUUUCCCUGCUUUCGAUUUCGAUUUGUCCAUUUCAUUCUUAUCUGGAGGCCCCAUCACCAUUUCCUCCAGGGACUUGCUUCCUUCUCUUCCUAUUUGUUGCAUUUCGAGAUUUCCAGGGGCAUGUCUUGAAAUCGUUAGAAUAGUUCGUUUGAUUGCCCGUGCCGUGCCGAGUGGUCGUCGACUUCAGUUGCCCCGUCACCCCCUGUGCCUUAUAGCCGAACCCGAAGUGCAUGCGGA